UGUGAUUUCUAAAAUAAUGAAACAGUUAACACUUACAGGUUUUGUUAUUUUCUUGUUCUUUUUGACUGAAUCUCUAACCCUGCCCACAAAGCUUCAAGAUGUAGAUGAUGCCAGUAUCACCCAGAAAUUUAUAGAGGAGAAUAUUGGAUAUAUCACCGUCAUUGCAUUUUCUCAGUAUGUUCAGGAGGCAUCUUUUGAAGAAGUAGACAGAUUGGUAAAAAUCAUGACGAAAUACAAAGGUCAAUGCUCAGGUGAAGUGACACUCCCCGACUGUCCGAGAUUAACUAAUGAUAUUUUACUGGAAAAGACAUGUGCUGUGAAGGGGCUGCCACAAAAGUAUAAUUUCUCACACUGCUGCAGUAUGGUUGACUUGGAAAGAGAACGCUGUUUCUUCCAUAAUAAGAAAUCUGAUGUAGGAUUUCUGCCUCCUCUCCCUACUCUGGAUCUUGAAGAGAAAUGCCAGACUUAUAAAAAUAACAGAGAAUCUUUUCUAAAUAAUUGUAUUUAUGAAGUUUCCAGAAGGAACCCGUUUGUUUUCGCCCCUACGCUUCUAACUGUAGCUACUCGUUUUGAAGAGAUGGCUAAAACGUGUUGUGAAGAACAAGACAAAGCUAACUGCUUUCGAACAAAGGCAGAACCUGUCAUACAAUACUUAAAAGCAUUAUCUUCUUAUCAAAAAAAUGUCUGUGGGGCACUUGUGAAAUUUGGACCACAAGUCUUAAAAUCUAUAAACAUUGCUAUACUUAGUCAAAAAUUUCCCAAGAUUGAAUUUAAGGAACUUACCUCCCUCCUAGAAGAUGUUUCUUCCAAGUAUGAAGGAUGCUGUGAAGGGGAUGCUGUGAAGUGCAUCCGCCGCAGGAGCAAGAUUAUGAGCCAUAUUUGUUCGAAACAAGAUUCCAUCUCCAGCAAAAUCAAAGACUGCUGUGAAGAGAAAAUACCAAAGCGCGGAGAGUGCAUAAUUUACUCCAAUAAAGAUGAUAGACCAAAGGACUUAUCUCUAAGAGAAGCAAAAUUUACUGAAAAUGAAAAUGUGUGUGAACAACGAGAUGCUAACCCAGACAUCUUCAUGGCUGAGUUUCUUUUUGAAUACUCAAGAAGACAUCCAGAACUGUCUACACCUGAACUUUUAAGAAUCGCUAGAGUGUAUGAGGACCUCCUGGAAGAGUGCUGCAGUACAGAGAACCCUCCAGACUGUUACGGCAAUGCGGAAUACAAAUUCAAUGAGACAACUCAGAGAAGCCUCAAGAUAGUACAACGAGAAUGUGAACAUGUCCAGAAUUUGGGGAAGGAUGACUUGAAAUACCACUACCUUAUCAAAUUCACAAAGAUAGCACCCCAGCUCUCCACUGAAGAACUGACCUUUCUUGGCAAGGAAAUGGUGACAGCGUUGACCACCUGCUGCACGCUGAGUGAGGAGUUCGCCUGCGUCGAUAAUUUGGUGGAUUUAGUUAUUGGAGAGUUAUGCGGAAUAAAUGAAAAUCGAAGCAUCAACCCUGCUGUGGACCACUGUUGUAAAACAGACUUUGCCUUCAGAAGGCCCUGCUUUGAGGGCUUAGAAGCUGAUAAAACAUAUGUACCUCCAUCUACCUCUCAAGGGUUAUUUACCUUUCACGCAGACUGGUGUCAGGCUCAUAAAGAGGAGCUCCAGAGAAAGAAAGAUAGGUUUCUUGUCAACUUAGUGAAACUGAAGCCUGAACUUGGAGGUGAGGCGCUCCAGUCGCUGCCUACAGAUUUCUCUAACGUGGUGGAGAAGUGCUGCAAAGCGGAGGGGCCUGAAGCCUGCUUCAGUGAAGAGGGUCCAAAAUUGGCAGCCAAAAGUCAAGCUGCUUGAGAGACAUCAAGUAAAUACCAUCAAAGGUUGCAGAGAAAACAAAGACCAACUUACCUGCUUCCUGUCUGUCCUGUGGUGAAUUUCAUUUUCUGAGAAGACUACAGUAAAAAGAUUCUUCUGUAACCUUUACUUGAAAUGAUGUUGUUGCAGCAAGCAAUAAACACAAAAUUGUAAAGUUA